AUGCUCACCAGUGCGCUAGCGCUUGCGCCGCGCCGCGUCGUCACGCGGCAUCGCACCUUCCUUGCCGCGACCGCCGACGACGGCUCGACGCGGCCCUGGGCGACGUUCCGCGUCGUCUUCGAGGACGACGAGGUCAUCGUGUGCGACAAGGGCUCGGGCCUGCUCGCCGUGCCCGGGCGCGGCGACCACAAGCAGGAUUCGCUCAUCACGCGGCUGCGCGCGACGCGCGGCGCGAGCACGACGCUGGCGCAUCGCUUGGACCGCGACACGUCGGGGCUCGUCGUCGCGGCGAAGACGAAACGAGCGCUGCGGAGCCUGAGCAUGGCGUUCGAGGCGCGCGAGGUCGAGAAGAGCUACGUCGGCGCCGUGCUCGGCUGGCCCGAGGCGACCUUCGGCACGGUCGACGAGCCCAUCGGCAAGGUGAAGACGGACGCCGGCCACAAUCGCGUCGCCGUCGUCGCCGAGGCGGACGGCGGCCGCCGGAGCCGGACGAACUGGGCGCUGCUGGAGAAGCGGGACGAUGGGUCCUCGUUGCUCAGCCUCCAGCCCGUGACGGGCCGCUCGCAGCAGCUCCGCGUCCACUGCGCGCUGAUCGGCCUACCGCUCCUCGGCGACGCGCUCCACGGCACCGAGGAGGCGGCGGGCCGCGCGCCGCGGCUCUGCCUCCACGCCGCGAGGCUGUCCCUGGACCUGCCCACGGCCGGCCCGAUGACCUUCGAGGCCGAGGCGCCCUUCGCCGCGUCCGCGGACUACGCGUCCCUCCUCGACCCGCCUCGUUGA